UCCCGACCGCUGCGCCCGCGGCCGGAGGAGAAGGCAGGAGCCGACCCGAGGCUCGGUGGCCGGCGCGGCUCUCGGAUUGGGUCCCCGUGGAGUCUGAUGUUUGAGAUGCUUCCCUUCUCUGUCAGCUGUUGAGGGAUUAUCCAUCCCUGUGUUCGACAUGAAGAGCCUUCUGUGAGUACCAGGAACAUGGCCACCUGUGCAUGGCUCGUCCUGGGAGGAGAUGACAUUAGUCACUAUGAUGCCUGAGAAUCAAGUGUGACGUUUUUCUGGUACUUCAUGGUCUUCUCCUCCACCCUCUCCACUCCACUGCUCCACGCGGCUCCUGGAACAUGGGGGAAAACGAGGAUGAGAAGCAGACCCAGGCCGGGCAGAUUUUUGAGAACUUUGUCCAGGCUUCCACGUGCAAAGGCACCCUCCAGGCCUUUAACAUCCUCACCCGGCAGCUGGACCUAGACCCUCUGGACCACAGACACUUUUAUUCCACGCUGAAGUCCAAGGUGAACACCUGGAAGGCUAAGGCCCUGUGGUACAAAUUGGACAAGCGUGGAUCCCACAAGGAAUAUAAGCGAGGGAAGUCGUGUAUGAACACCAAGUGUCUCAUCAUUGGGGGAGGACCAUGUGGUUUGCGCACUGCCAUUGAACUUGCCUACCUGGGGGCCAAAGUGGUCGUGGUGGAGAAGAGGGACACCUUUUCCCGGAACAAUGUGCUGCACCUCUGGCCUUUCACCAUCCAUGACCUGCGGGGCCUGGGAGCCAAGAAGUUCUACGGGAAGUUCUGUGCCGGCUCCAUCGACCACAUCAGUAUUCGUCAGUUGCAGCUCAUCCUAUUCAAGGUAGCCCUGAUAUUGGGAGUUGAAAUCCAUGUGAAUGUGGAGUUCGUGAAGGUUCUUGAGCCUCCUGAAGAUCAAGAAAAUCAAAAAAUUGGCUGGCGGGCAGAAUUUCUUCCUGCGGACCACUCUCUGUCGGAGUUUGAGUUUGACGUCAUCAUUGGCGCUGAUGGCCGCAGGAACACCCUGGAAGGGUUCAGAAGAAAAGAAUUCCGUGGGAAGUUGGCUAUUGCAAUCACCGCCAACUUCAUAAACAGAAACAGCACAGCUGAGGCCAAGGUGGAAGAGAUUAGUGGCGUGGCUUUCAUCUUCAAUCAGAAAUUCUUUCAGGACCUUAAAGAAGAAACAGGGAUUGAUCUGGAGAACAUUGUUUACUACAAGGACAGCACGCACUAUUUCGUCAUGACUGCCAAGAAGCAGAGCCUGCUCGACAAAGGUGUCAUCCUUAAUGACUACAUCGACACAGAGAUGCUGCUGUGUGCAGAGAACGUAAACCAGGACAGCCUGCUUUCCUAUGCUCGUGAAGCUGCAGACUUCGCCACCAAUUACCAGCUGCCAUCUUUAGACUUCGCCAUGAACCAUUAUGGGCAGCCCGACGUGGCCAUGUUCGAUUUCACCUCCAUGUACGCCUCAGAGAACGCGGCCCUGGUGCGCGAGCGUCAGUCACACCAGCUGCUCGUGGCCCUGGUGGGCGACAGCUUGCUUGAGCCGUUUUGGCCCAUGGGCACAGGCUGUGCCCGCGGCUUCCUGGCAGCCUUUGACACGGCGUGGAUGGUGAAGGGCUGGGACCAGGGCACUCCUCCCCUGGAGCUGCUGGCUGAAAGAGAAGGUCUUUACCGGCUGUUACCUCAAACGACCCCAGAGAACAUCAACAAGAACUUUGAGCAGUACACGCUGGACCCGGGGACGCGGUACCCAAACCUCAACUCGAACUGUGUCAGGCCCCAUCAGGUGAAGCAUUUGUACAUCACUAAGGAGCUGCACCAAUUCCCUCUCGAGAGGAUGGGCUCACUAAGGAGAUCUGUCAACCUCUCCAGGCGGGAGUCAGACAUCCGACCCAGCAAGCUCUUAACCUGGUGCCAGCAGCAGACCGAGGGCUACCAGCAUGUCAACGUCACCGACCUGACCACGUCCUGGAGGAGUGGCCUGGCCCUGUGUGCCAUCAUCCACCGCUUCCGGCCUGAGCUGAUCAACUUUGACUCUUUGAACGAAGAUGACGCCGUGGAGAACAACCAGCUGGCAUUUGACGUGGCCGAGCGUGAGUUUGGCAUCCCCCCGGUGACCACAGGCAAGGAGAUGGCGUCAGCUCAGGAGCCCGACAAGCUCAGCAUGGUCAUGUAUCUCUCCAAGUUCUACGAGCUCUUCCGGGGCACCCCGCUGAGGCCUGUGGAUUCUUGGGGCAAAAACUAUGGAGAAAAUGCUGACCUCAGCUUGGCCAAAUCCUCCAUUUCUCACAACUAUCUCAACCUCACGUUUCCAAGGAAGAGGACUCCACGAGUGGACCACCAACCCGAAGAGAACGACAUGAACAAACGGAGGCGGAAAGGCUUCAACAACCUGGACGAGCCUUCCGCCUUUUCCAGCCGGACCCUGGGCUCCAGUCAAGAGGGCAGCAGCAAAGAAGGUGGGAAUCAGAACAAGGUGAAGUCCAUGGCGAGCCAGCUGCUGGCCAAGUUUGAGGAGAACUCUCGGAAUCCCUCCCUCCUGAAGCCGGAACGCCAUGUCUCAGGGAUAGGUAAGCCCGUCCUGCGCUCUUCCUCUGACUCUCCUGUUCACUCUCGCCGCCCCACGCCGGAGGAGCCCACACCCAGCCCGUCACCUCCUCUGAAAAGGCAGUUCCCCCCAGUGGUUGUGACGGGGCAUGUGCUCCGGGAGCUAAAGCAAGUGUCCGCUGGCAGCGAGGGCCCGAGCAGGCCCUGGAGAGCCAGAGCCAAGUCUGACCUGCAGCUAGGGGGGCCAGAACCAUCUGCCGCCCUGCCUCCCACCUGCCAGGGAGGGCUGGCCCCAUCUGGGGUGCUGCGGCGGCUGCAGCAAGUGGAGGACAAGAUUGUCCAGAAGAGGGCUCAGAACUUGGCCAACAGGGAAUUUCACACAAAGAACAUUAAGGAGAAGGCGGCUCACCUCGCCUCCAUGUUUGGACACGAGGAUUUCCCACAGAAUAAACUACUCUCUAAAGGCCUGUCUCAUACUCCUCCUCCGUCUUCUCCCUCCUGCCUUCCACCUCCUGAUCCAGCUGCUACUUCCUCUCCGUCGACUGUUGACUCUGUGUCUCCUGCCAGAAAGACAAAGAAGUCACCUUCCGAUUUCCAUUUCUAUCCCAGCCACUUAGGAACAGUGCGGCCUCAGCUGACGGUAGGGAGAGUGUCCAGCGGAAUAGGGGCUGCAGCCGAAGUCCUGGUCAAUCUGUACAUGAAUGAUCACAGACCUAAGACCCAGGCCACCUCUCCAGACCUGGAGUCUAUGCGAAAGGUGUUUCCCGGGAACCUGGGCGGCAGCAACACCUGUUACUUCUGUAAGAAGCGUGUGUACGUGAUGGAGCGGCUGAGUGCAGAGGGCCACUUCUUCCACCGGGAGUGUUUCCGCUGCAGUGUCUGCGCCACCACCUUGCGCCUGGCCGCCUACGCCUUCGACGGUGACGAAGGCAAGUUUUUCUGCAAGCCUCAUUUCAUUCACUGUAAAACCAAUAAUCAGCAACGGAAGAGACGGGCGGAGUUGAAGCAGCAAAGAGAGGAGGAGGGGACGUGGAAAGAGCAAGAAGCCCCUCGGCGAGACACUCCCAUGGAAAGCUCUUGCGCAGCCGCAGCCAUCGGCACGCCCGCAGGCAGCCCCCCAGAUGAGCCGACCUCGCCCAAGAAGCCCAAGAGUGUCCCAGAGCCAGAGCCCGGCGAUGUGGAAGGUGGACCCACCUCUCCCCUGCCCUCCGAGUGGACCUCAGUGAGGAUCAGCCCCGGGGAGAACGUGGUUGGGCAGGACAUGAUGGCUGUGUGUGUCCUGGUCACCAGUGACGAGAGCAGCUCUGAUGCGGAGUCAGACUACGGUGGCAGUGAGGCCUCCAGUGUAGAGCCCUGUGGAGAGAGACCCUGGUGGCUGGAACCCCCACCCCUACCGAAGCCCCUCACCCGGCACAGCUCCCUGAAGGAGGCCCUUACUGGGGCAUUCUCUCCACAGGGCCCUGAGGAGCACAGAGCCGUGCACGCUCUGCAAAGGGCCCACAGCUUCCAGUCUCCAACUCCCAGCAAAUACCAGAGCUGGAGAAGAAAAUUCCAGUCGAAUUUGACGCCAGUGAACAACAGAAGAACUAUGUCACCUCCCAAGGAACCUUCUCCUUCUCUUUCUUCUUCCUCGUUGUCUUCUCCUUUGUCUUCCCUGCCAUCGUCUUCUUCAGCCAUCGUCCCAGGGAAUGCUCCAGGUGGUGCCGCCCCACCUCAGGUGACAGCUCACAACCGGCUCUCACAGGUCUCGAGAGAUCAUUUCAAUCCUUCCACCCCGAUCUUUCUGAGGCGAGCCAGAGCCCCAGGAGCACUCAAGGAAAUCCCCCUGUAUCUGCCUCGUGGCCAAGUGCUGGAGCGGGCAGAGUACUGCCUGGUGAGCCCUAGUGGAGAUGGGCUCCCGAGCACCCCGCCACCCAGCCCUGCAGAGAGGGCUUCUGAUGGGUGUCAGGAAGCAGAGGCCCCUCUUGGGGACACCAGAAGCAUCCACAGAGGCCCACACCCCAUUAGAGGGAAGGACAGGUGCUUGCCAGACCAAGAGCUGCCUCCCAGGGCUGGAGAGGACCCAGGAGAAGGGAGUGCCAGACCCAGGAAGGGGGAGGAGCAUGGGUCAGAGACUGCGGAGGGGAAGAAGUUGGGCUUAAAGAAGUUGGUCCUCAGUCAGGAGCAGAAGACCAGGUUGCUGGACUGGAAUGACUCCAUCCCUGAGGGCUUGCGCCUGGAAGUGGGGGCACGACUUUCCCAGAAAACUGCUGAAAAUGGUAGAGGAAGCCAUGUGCUGAAACCAGUCCACCCCUUGCUGCCCCCUCGGGCAGUGAGAGAGACCCUGCCAGCCCACAGAGAACCUCAGGAGAAGAUGGGAACGCCAGCUGAAUGGACUCCAAGGGAGCGAAGUGUGUCCCCACCCAAGUCCCCUCUGCGGCUCAUAGCAAAUGCCAUCCGAAGGUCCCUGGGGCCCCUCCUUCCCAACUCUGAAGGUGGGAAGAAGGCCUGGGCCAAGCCAGAAUCAAAGACUUUGCCCACUAGCCAGCCACACGCUAGCGCCCGUUCGUUCAGCCUUCAGAAAACUAGCUCCAGUAAAGACUGGGACCAGCAGUCCCCCAAGAGAGACAUGGUGAGCAGGGCCUCAGCCUUCUUCUCCCUGGGCACCUCGACUGCCAGGGCUGCCCAGUCCUCGGACCCUAGCCCCCCUGACCCUGCCCUCCGCACCUGCAGUUUGCCCAACCGGCCAUCCAAGAUGUUUCCUGAACUCGCAUCCCCACCCUGCAGCAAAAUGGAAGAUGUCCCUACACUGCUUGAGAAAGUGAGUUUGGAAGAGACCUUCCCAGAUUCUUCUAGGGUUCCAAAGAGAAAAACCUCACUCUUUUCCUCCUUCAGACUUAAAGACAAAUCUUUUGAGAGUUUCCUCCAAGAAUCCAGACAAAGGAAGGACCUCCGGAAUGUCUUUAGCAGCCCCCAGGGCAGGGUGCUGCCCGUGGACAAUGCCCAGCCGCUGGAGAAGCUAGUGCAGCCCUUCAGUAGCACCGGGCUGGGGCAGAGGGUCCAUCCUCCUCCAGAGGGAGAUGCAAGUCCCAAGCACGGCCCCAUGAGAAGGCAGGUGACAGGGGCUGCCUCUUCCCCCUCUUCCACCACCUCCUCCUCUACAGAUGAAGAAUUUGAUCCCCAGUCUUCCUUGUGGUCAAAGGAGAAGAAGACACUUAGAAGAAGAAGUAAGCUGGAAAAAGCAACAAAACAAUUGGUUAAGCAAGAAGAAUUGAAAAGACUUCAUAAAGCUCAGGCCAUCCAGAGGCAGCUGGAGGAGGUGGAGGAGCGGCAGAGGGCUUCCGAGAUCCAGGGUGUGAGGCUGGAGAAGGCACUCAGAGGAGAAGCAGAUUCAGACACACAGGAUGAAGCGCAGCUUUUGCAGGAAUGGUUUAAGCUGGUUCUGGAGAAGAAUAAAUUAAUGCGAUACGAGUCGGAGCUACUGAUCAUGGCCCAAGAACUGGAAUUAGAAGAUCAUCAAAGCAGACUGGAGCAGAAAUUAAGAGAGAAAAUGCUCAAGGAGGAGAGCCAGAAAAACGAGAAUGAUCUCAAUGAGGAGCAAAAAAUAUUCACCGAGAUGAUGCAAGUGAUUGAGCGAAGGGACAAACUGGUAGAUUCCUUAGAGGAACAACGCAUCAAAGAGAAGGCUGAAGACCAGCACUUUGAAAGCUUCAUAUUCUCCCGGGGCUGUCAGCUGAGUAGGACAUGAGCAGGCCUGGGGGCCUCUCCCUGGAAGCAAGCCGAGGACCAAUCAGACCAGUACACCUCACACAUGCCUGGUUCCUUUUGCAGAAUUUGUCAUACCUGGAACUUAAGUUAUAUCAUACUGCAAUAUUUUUUUUAAUUACAAUUCUCUCAUGUACUACAGCUGCCGAAGAUCCUUCCAGAGAUUAUAACGAAGAAAAUACAAAGACUCUUGAAAUUGGCAGUCAACUUCAGCAGGUCUCUCUGCCUGGAGGUGACCUUGGCAGGCGACCAGCAUUGUUUUCCCUAAAAAGUGACACAGAGGUAGACUUUCCUGCUGCUUUUAUCAUUUAUCCUCCCAAUUCAUUAAGUUACACAUCUUAAGAUUUUUAAGAAGCUGCCUUUUCAUUAACUAUAUCCCUAUUUGCCUUUUUUGCAUGGAUGAUCGGUGUCCAAAUGUCAGGAAGCAGCACCAGCGGUUUAAAGAUCAGGUUAAUAUUUAAAUUGUGUUUCCAGAGAAAGAGGAGAAACCUUGAGAUUACUGAUUACAUAAAACAAAUAACUCAUAUAGCAGGUGUUAAUUCAAUCCAGGGUGAAUUUAAUUUACCAGGUGUAUUUAUAAGCCUUAAUAUAACAUACAUAAGCAAUGAGAGUUGAAUAGAACAUUUGAGCCUUAAUUUUACUUAAAAAAAGAAGAAAGAAAAAGGGAAAUAAAACUUGAACUUCAUACCGGCAGGAUUGUUCAUUUUCACCAAAUACUGUUGGCUUAGAAAUGCUUUUUGUUCUCAGAACACUAUCCUUAUGGCCCCUGGAACAUACUGAAAAGCAUUUUUAGAAAAUGAAUGAUUUUGAAGUGCUUUGUUAUAACUGUUGGUAAUGGCAAAAAGGGAAACUCUUGCAUUUGUUGAUAAAAUAUUGGUGAGAUUGGUGCUGUUGCUAAAAUUAAACACACUGGUGACCCAAGACCAGGGAUGCUUCCGUGGUGGUCUCCUCAGGUCCAGACAAAGACGUGUCUCUGAGACUCUCUCCAGGCAUUGCUCAGGGACUCCACGGGACAAGGACAAACCACUUCUGACUCCAAAGCGGUGCUAAGUGCAGUGACCCCAUUUACCAAAUCCCAAAUUGGGUCAUGGAAUUUUUAUGACAUUUUCAGUGUGAAAGGAAAGCUGGGAGCCAGAGUUGGUGCACUGACAUGGGAUUCCUGGGAUGUUUCGAUGGUUCAUAUGGGAACCAAGGAAAAGAUUUUCAAUGGUGAUCGGUCGUCGUAAAGUAUUUGACUGUUUUCCCUCAGUGGGAUUCUUUGGAGAUUCUGUCUGUCAUUGAUGAGAGCAGACUGUAGACCUCUUUGUUGGGUGUUUGGCCUCUCUCGUUUCUGCAAGUGUUUAAUUAAAUAUGUCGUUGGACAGAAGGUGCUUUGCCACAGUUGGCUUUGGGGGGAGACCUCACUUUCCUCAGAAGAAGUUGACCCAUGAACCACUUCUGUCUGAGAUGCUGUCUGUGGGCACCAAUCGGGCCAGCUGACAAGCCAGAAAUUAGAAGUGUGACUGGAUUUCCCGAGUCAGCCAACGUUUUGGGUGGUAUUAAAAUGCAGCCUUUCCAUGGGAUACCAAGUUCUGAAGGUUGGAGGUCUUUUUUCUUUUCUUUCUUUUUUUCUUUUCUUUCUUUUUUUUUUUUAUUAAGAAUCAGGUGUUGUAGUGCCUGAAUUCUCUUAUUAGGAAACAUGUACAGGCAUCUUUC